AUGUCAUGGAGGAAAGGACAGAAACAGCUGUGGACAGAGCCAGCAUGGCAAGAAGAGAAGUGGGCAAAAGAUGGAUGGGCUCGCAAGAACCGGAAGAAGGAGGAGCCGAAGGAGAAACCCGUUUUUUACGGGUACGACGGAAAACCUGUCCAUCGAGAUGGUGGAUCUGGGCGGCCCUCAUCGCAAUCUACCUCCAAACAGGAGAUGAGUGUUACCGAGGAGAAUACCAAGCUCAAGGCUACCAUACGGUUCCUUGCCCAGAAGGUCGCAGCUACAGACGAAGUGCCAGAGGAUGCGCAAGACUACCUCAAGGAAGAUCCUCGGGAAGCCCUGAAAGCCCGCCAAAGAGAGCUCAAUCAGGAGAGGAAAGUCCUGAAUCGGACAGCCAAGCUCAAAGACGACAUCCGAAAGAAAGAAGAGAAGUUCAGGACCUGGAAAGAGGACAUCGAGGCCGGGGUAAAGUCAGAGACGCAACGUGUCAACUCGACACUUGCAGAGCUCCAAGAGGCUUUGAAGGCCGCAGAAAAUGGGGAAGUCAUCCAUCUCGAAGACGACGAGUCGAAAGAACAGAUCCCCGAGACAAUGCGGCAAGAGGUGGAAGCCCUACGUGCUGGCUAUGGACAAAUGGAGUCCUAUUUGUGCCAGAUGGAGGCUCGAAAUCAACAAAUGGCUGCCCAAAUGCAGACCAUGAUGGAAACCUUUCAGACUAUGGGGAAGUCCAGGUCGCGGUCUCCUAUCCGUGUGAAGACCGAGGAGAUGGAGGAAGAGAUCUCUUCGGCCGAGAUCAAAGCCCGGCUCAGCAUGGUCCCAGAGGCAGUGCAAAUGUGUGCGCUCCAGCGGAUGCAAGACAAUCCAAGCCAGUUCAAAACCGGGCCGCAAGUAGAGGAGCUAAUAGCACAAGCACUGGAAGAGUUCAAAGAGGCCCAGAUAAAGCCAAUUGUGGCUUUGGUGCCAGAUGCAGAGACAAGCCAAGCGCUCAAGCCAUUUGGGAAAUCUGCUGCGUUGAAAGAAUCAGAGAGAGCUGCACCUUAUCCAAAUGGCCUCCCGGUGGUCUCUACGCCAAGGAGGAGCGAGACUCGGCUCCAUGGAAUGUCUUAG